UCCUGCCGGUUUCCGGAUUUUGCAAUUGUUCACGGAACAAAUGGGAUCGUCCUUGGUGUUCGUCGUCACAAAGCGGAGUUGAACAGGGGAUACGGCCAACGCCCGUUUGUAAACGCACCCAGUGGAUUGUGGGAUAAAGGCAUGAAGUAGUUUGGUCAAGUACUACGUAAAAACUUUUAGGGAGGGUUUCACCCUACGAAGUGAAAUCGGGUUUCAGCAGCAGUCGUCGUUUUUCCCCCAAGGAAAACCGAGGGUUAAAUACCGCUGAUACUUUGGACAUACUGUUGGAAUUGAGUUGGAGAACAGACAAAAGGUCCACCGAAUCACCGGAAUGGGUCGACAGGAGACUGCGGGACCCACGGCGGUGGUGCUCCUCCUCGUUGCUGUUUUAGGAAUGGUUCAACGAAACGAAGUGAAUGCAACCACGGUUGAUCAAUUCCAGUUCGAGAAUUCCAUCUACACAGUGGCUGAAGAUGUUGGCAUGGCAACAGUCUACGUACUACGGAUUGAACCUCAUGAUCCGACAAGUCCACAAGUUGAUGUUGCUACUUCUGAUGGCACAGCUACGAAUGGAGUUGAUUAUAUAUCAAAAACUGACACCCUGAGCUUCUCGCCAACAAACAACCGAGUGCCCUUUAGUGUUUCCAUUGUAGAUAAUACUGUGGAUAACUCUCUUUCCGACAUACGCUGCUUCACUCUGAGCUUGACGAAUCCAAAUCCAAGUAGUGGCCAACUUGGCCCAAAUGCACAAGUCUGCAUUCGUGACAACGAUAAUUUUUUUGGUGGUACCUGCCCUCCAACGGAAGCUGUCAUUGAAUCGAAUGGAGAACCUGUUAUUGAGGUCAGUGUGACCAGUGACAGCGCUACGGCCGUAGUCUCAUGGACAGACCCGACCACCACUGGGAUGAACAUGGUGUACAAUUGCUUCCCUUCAAUGAGUGCGGCUGACACUGAAUGUAUGAAUGGAGGUGCCUUCCCCAUCACAACCACGAUUGCAGAUAAUAACGGAAGGAUUCGCGUCCAGUACACAGUCUACGAAAGUUUUUUCCCGACUGUAGUAAUUCAUGACUGCGAGUUUUAUCUGCGUGUUCUUGAUCCAAUACCACCAGUGAUUACCUGCCCAGCCAAUCUCCAAGUACCUGCCGGGGAUGAUUUCAUGAAUGGCACUGCUGACUGGAUGGUGCCAGUAGGCACAGACAACUCGGGACAAGUCACAACCACUGGGCCAAUGGUUACACCUCCCGUGGUUCUGGACAUCGGCACCCACACGUUUACCUAUAGUGCGAUGGACAGCUCUGGAAAUGUAGCGUCAUGUUCUUUCAACGUCAGCGUCACAGAUCUGACAGACCCCGUGAUAGAAUGCCCAGCAAACAUUACCACAGACACAGAUUCAAUGGAGAGGUUCGCAACUGUAAUGUGGUAUGCGCCAAAUGUGACCGACAACUCUGGGGAAACUAUAGAACCUUUACUGAGUCAGCCCUCGGGAUCCCAGUUCGAAAUUGGCAACCACGAGGUCAUUGUGAAUGCAACAGAUUCCCAGGGUAACACCGGCAAUUGUUCCUUCACCAUUGAGGUUCAAGACAAUGAAAAUCCCGUGAUUAAGUGUCCAGCUAAUCUGACCGUUGCAACAAAUUCAAGCGUGGACAAUGUCACUCUUGCACUGCCUGAGUUAGCCUCAGCUUCUGACAACUCGGGAUCGUUUUCAGUCAGCAUUGAUGUUGCUGGUGACAUGUACAUGAUUGGUGACUUGAUUACCCUCGACCUUGCUACAGGACAACAUUUUGUGCAGUACACCGCUACCGACAAUUAUACAAAUAGUGAAAUGUGUGAAAUGCACAUCAAUGUGACCGAUGACGAAGCACCAAUGAUCAUGUGUCCACAGAAUGAAAUGGGCACUACAGAUGAGGGUUUGCGAACGGGCAACAUAUCCUUCGGUCAAGCCACUGUCUCUGAUAACUCCAUGCAAACAGUCAACGUUACUGUCAAUGCAACAUCUGAUUCUGCUUUCCCUAUUGGCGAGACUAUCGUCCAGUUUGUUGCCACAGAUGAAAGCUCAAACAUGAAUGAGUGUUUUAUCACCAUCACAGUAACAGAUGAUGAAAACCCCACGAUAGAAUGCCCAGGCGACAUUGAAGUAGAUGCCGACAUGGGAGAGAACUUUGCCAUUGUGGACUGGUUUCCACCCAAUGUGACUGAUAACUCAGGGGAAUCCAUAACACCGAUGCUGAGCCAUUCUUCAGGAGAUCAGUUCCCAUUUGGUCCAACUGUAGUGAUUGUCAACGCCACAGACUCUCAUUUAAACCUAGCUUUGUGUAACUUUACUGUCAAUGUUCUAGAUAAUGAGCCUCCUACCAUUAUGUGUCCAGCCAAUCAAACUAAUGCCACUGAUUUCCGUGCUGCUGAUGUCACACUUCCACUGCCUGAUCCAGACUCGGCUUCUGACAACUCAGGCCAAUAUAACAUCACCAUUGAUGUCGCUGGUACAACAUAUCGUGUCGGUGACAGUGUGACCUUUGACCUGGCUACUGGUGAACAUUUACUGCAGUACACGAUUGUUGAUGCUGCCAUGAACAAUGAUACUUGUGACAUGUACAUCACUGUGAUUGAUACUGAGGAUCCUCAAAUUACCUGCCCUUCACUUGGACCUGUUCGUACUGAUCCUGGCUUGGACACUGCCAAUGUAACCUUUGACCCCGCCAAUGUGACUGAUAACUCCAUGCUGUCUAUUACACCUGUAGCCAGUCCAAUGUCAGGUUCAAUCUUUUCUAUUGGUGACACUUCAGUACAGUUCAAUGCUACAGAUGAGAGUGGGAAUACUGCAUCCUGUAUGUUUACAGUGACAGUACAAGAUAUGGAGAAUCCUGAACUCAACUGUACCAAUUUCACAUAUCCAACGUCACCUGGUUUGCCGUCUGCUUCCAUAGACUUUAUUGAACCUACAGCCACUGAUAAUGUAGAGGUGUCAGUCGUGAAUUGCUUCAAGGAUGGGAGUGGUGUAGGAGCUGUACUCAGUGUUGAUAUUGGUACAGAGAGUGUGAAUUGUGUAGCUCGGGAUAACAGCAACAAUCUAGUCUCAUGUGAAUUCUUCAUCACUGUUGAGGACACUGAAUCUCCCAACAUUACCUGUCCUGCCAACCGGAAUGUUUCCACUGAUGGUGGUCAAGAUUUUGCCACAUUAACCUUGCCCUCUCUGGACUCCAGUGUUGAUAACUCAGGAUAUUUCACUGUCUCCAUUGAUGUUGCUGGUACCCGGUAUAAUGUUGGUGACCCUGUCAUGCUGAGUCUGGGAGAGGGUGUGCAUUUGGUGGAGUACACUGCAACCGAUAAUGCCACAAACAGUGAAAUGUGUAACAUGACUGUCACUGUUAUUGAUGAUGAGCCUCCGAUAAUAACCUGUCCCUCGAUGGCAGAUGAUAAUACACAUCCAGGUUCACCAAACGGCACAGUAGUAUUUGCCAAUGCUACAGUCACGGACAAUUCCGGAAUGUCCAUUGAACUUGUGGCGAAUGCAACGUCCGGUGUGACUCUCUUCCCAAUUGGUGACACCUUGGUGGAGUUUAUAGCAACCGAUAACAGUGGAAACAGUGCCAACUGCACUUUCAUCGUCAGGAUCCUGGAUAUGGAAGCCCCAAGUAUAGAGUGUCCAGAUAACAUCGUGGUGGAUACAGACCCUGGACAGGACUAUGCUAAUGUGACUUGGUUUCCACCCAACGUCACCGACAACUCAGGGGAAGACAUCAUGCCUACCUUGUCUCGUGACUCUGGAGAUCGGUUUGAUAUUGGCACAGUCAUGGUCUCUGUUAAUGCACAGGACAGUAGUAAUAAUCCCAAUUUCUGCUUCUUCUCAGUCACAGUCCAAGAUAAUGAGCCUCCUACCAUUAUGUGUCCAGCCAAUCAAACUAAUUCCACUGAUUUCCGUGCUGCUGAUGUCACACUUCCACUGCCUGAUGCAGUCUCGGCUUCUGACAACGCAGGCCAAUAUAACAUCACCAUUGAUGUCGCUGGUACAACAUAUCGUGUUGGUGACAGUGUGACCUUUGACCUGGCUACUGGUGAACAUUUACUGCAGUACAUCAUUACUGACGAUGCCAUGAAUAAUGAUACAUGCGACGCGUACAUCAUUGUGAUUGACGAAGAGGAUCCGGUUCUGGUGUGUCCCGGCGAUGACUUGCUGGUUGUCCCUGAUGGCCAGGUGAAUGCCUCCAUCACCUGGUCUGAGCCCUUGGUGACAGACAACUCGGGCAAUGCCCUCAUGGCGGUGGCCUCUCAAGAGAACGGCACUAUGGUACCCAUCGGUGAAGUGAUCACCAUUGUCUACAAUGCAACCGACUCUGCAGGCAAUGUUGGCUACUGCAAUUUCACUAUCACUGUGAUAGAUAAUGUGCCACCGGUUAUCACAUGCCCGAGUAAUGUAUCUAGACCAACAGCGUUCAACCAGUCAUAUGGCCCCGUCACCUGGGACCAACCCACAGUGACUGAUAAUGUUCCAAGAACGGUGACGGUCACAUCCGACCAUGUCAAUGGCAGUAACUUUGACCUUGGAGAUACAAUAGUGACACUUACAGCCACGGAUGCUGCCAUGAAUAAUGACACCUGCCAGUUUAAGGUCACCGUCAUUGAUGAAGAGAAACCAGUUAUUCUCAACUGUCCAGCCAGCUUCAACAUCACCACAAUUAGCGGACAGAGCUAUGGGAUACCAAAUUUCACUGAGCCAACAGCCCAGGAUAACUCUGGCUCCGUGACCAUUGCCGGCCUGGGCCGGACAGGAAACCAGUUCCCAAUCGGCCCUCAUGCGAUUGUGUACGUGGCGAUAGAUGACGCCAACAACAACGAAGUCUGUAGGCUGACACUUCUUGUGAUUGAUGAGGAAAAACCCACUCUCCAAGCACCAUCGCAGUGCCCCACAGACAUUGUGGUAUUCAUACAAGACAUGAAUUCAGACAACACCACCGUCAUGUGGACCGAGCCCGUCUUUGUAGACAACUCUGGAAUGGCCCCCACGGUGACGGUGACCCCACUCACCAACAACUCACCCUUCCCAGAGGGUAACACCACCGUGACCAUAGCAGCAGCAGAUACAGCGGGCAACACUUUGGAGUGUGUCUUCUUGGUGACCGUGAAUGUGUUUGAUAUGACCCCACCCACAUUAAGCCCAUGCCCACCUUGGUUUGCUCCCGUGAUGACUGAUCCCGGCUCAGACACGGCCUCACCUUUUGAUUUUGGCGUUGCCGCCAAUGACUCCGGAAGUGGCGUGGAGAGUGAGGUCCUGUCCGUGAGCGAGCCUUUGGCCAUUGGUGACAAUUUUGUGUCCCUGUCAGCCCGCGACUUUGCAGGCAACGUCGGUUACUGUAACUUCACUGUGACUGUGACUGAUGCCGAACGGCCCAAUAUUACUAGUUGUCCGGGAAAUGACACCGUCUCUACCAGGCUUGACAGUCCCUAUGGGUUCCCCACCUGGAUGGAUCCUACCGCCGUAGACAACUCUGGUUCCGUCAUGGUAAAUUGCUCCAAACAGUCUGGAGAUGCGUUUGAUAUUGGAAAUACGACCGUCGUUUGCACAGCCGAGGAUCCAAGUAAUAACACAGAUAUGUGUUCAUUCAUCAUUACAGUUGAGGAUAACCAGUCUCCUACUGUGACAUUCUGUCCGGGAAACAUUAACAAGCAGACUGACCAAGGCCUAGCCACAGCCAUCACGACUUUUGGACAACCGACAGGAGCAGAUAACGAUGGGAUACCAAUUGUUCCAGUCGGUUCCCACACAAAUGGUUCUGCAUUUGACCUUGGAGUAACCCAAGUCUCGUUCUCCUUCAUGGAUUCCAGCGGUAACGUUGCAUAUUGCAACUUUACCGUCACAGUCGUAGAUGGCGAGCCGCCAACCGCUGGUGAUACAUGUCCCAACGACACCAUGGUCUUCACUCCCACCGGCAGGCCAACUUCUCCGGUGCUGUGGACUCCUCCAACACUUACGGACAAUGUCGGAGUUGUCAACACUACCAAUUCACACUCGUCCAAUGAUGAAUUCCCAAUUGGCAUAACACCUGUGGUGUACACAGCUACCGACGCUGCCGGCAAUGUUGGCAGGUGUGAAUUUAUGGUCGAAGUGCAAGAUACGGAGGACCCCGUGUUUGACCUGUGCCCCUUGCCUAUCCGUCAGCCCACUGACCCAUCAGAACCCUUUGCCACAGUCUCCUGGACAGUGCCCAACGUGACUGACAACUCCAAUAACAUCGCGUCCAUGGACGCCAGCCAUCAGCCCGGGCAAACUUUCCCCAUAGGAUCACACACUGUCACCUACACUGCUGUGGAUCAAGACAGUAACAUUGGCACGUGCAGCUUUGCAGUCGUAGUCUUUGAUAAUGAAAAUCCUGUCGUGGAGAACUGUCAAAGUAAUGUCACACUAUAUGUGCCGUCCAACUCAACCCAGCUGAGUGCAAGCUGGCCAUUUCCCAAUGCCACUGACAACGCAGGACCACCUACGGUCUUCAACGCCACCUACACAGAAAUCACAGUGGUCAGCCGGAGUCCUGUUAACGUUACCAUUGACUGGCAAGUUGGGUUUGAAACGGUUACCCUCUUCCACAUCGGAUGCUAUCGGAGUGUCAUCAGAGUACAGGAUGACGCUGGCAACGUUGUCGAGUGCAUCACCACAGUUUGGAUUUUUGAUUUAAUCCCGCCUGUGUUUGACGUUUGCCCCCCUGUACUCGAUGUAAGCUAUCCAACCGACUUGAACCUCCCAUCAGCCGUCGUUAAUUGGACUCCACUUAGUGCCACUGACAACACCGGGGGACCUGUAACACUUGUCCGUAGCCACAUGACAGGGCAGGCGUUUGACAUCGGGGUGACAACAGUGACGGUGAAUGCUACCGAUGAAAGUGGCAACCUGGCGACGUGCGUCUUCAACAUUACUGUGGUCGAUGAGCAACAACCCAACGUGACCUGUCCUUCUGGCUUUGAGGUUUACACGAAUCCGCAGUCCAAUGUCAGCACUGGUCGCUGGUCUCUACCUAGUGAUGCAUUUGAUAAUUCCAAUUUCUACGUGGAAUCAUCUUCGCGGGAUCCUGCGGACCCACUCGGCGUUGGGAACCAUCACGUGUCCUACAAUGUUACAGACCGUGCUGGCAAUCAAGCUUCAUGCAAUUUCUACAUUACCGUGCGUGACAAUGAGAAUCCCUACUUCGAGCCGUGCCCCGUUUCUUUCUCCUCACCCACGGACCCGCAGGAGAGCACUGCCAACGUGACGUGGCUCCCAGUCAUAGCGAUGGACAACGUCGGGGUCCAGGAAUUCAACUCCAGCCACCAGCCAGGGGACUUAUUCCAAAUUGGUGACACACUCGUUACGUACAACGUCACCGACACUUCAGGGAAUAAGGGCUCCUGUUCAUUUGUUGUGACUGUUGAAGACACGCAGCCUCCAUCUAUCACUUGCCCUGGUCCUGCCAUUAUUACCAACACGGACCCUGACCAGAAUGUCGCUAACGUGACAUUCACUGCUGCCGCCGCUGACAAUAGUGGGGAGUGGACGUUGUCAUGCACCCCUCCCUCUGGUUCCAACUUCUCCAUCGGGGCGGACAGUGUCAUAUGCAUCGCCACCGAUCCAUCAAAUAAUCCUGCCAGCUGCUUCUUUGCAGUGGUGGUCUCAGAUAAUCAGGAACCGGUUUUUCAGAACUGCCCCUCUAAUGUCAUACUCAACGAGCCUCUGGAGAGCUUUUUUGACAACUUCACCAUCGCCGUCAACUGGACACCACCUGUUGUGACUGACAAUGUCGGAGUUGUCCAGUUGGAUGUAACAAAUGAACCGGGCAGUGUCUUUGGCAUUGGUAGUCACAGUGUCACCUACACAGCAAGGGACGAGGCCAAUAACAUGGCAACUUGUCAGUUCAACGUCAUCGUUAACGACGUGCAGCCGCCUGUGAUAACAGGCUGUCCCAUGAACCUACCCCGUUUCCCAACUGACCCCGGCCUGAAUAUUUCCAGAGCAACGUGGAUGGAGCCCCAGGCCUCGGACAACUCAGGCACUGUAACCCUGACCUCCAACUACGUUAGGGGUGAUGCAUUCUCUGUUGGGAAUACCACAGUGGUGUACACGGCCCUGGACGACAGCGGUAACUCCGUCAACUGUAGCUUUGUGAUCCAGGUCUAUGAUAACCAGCCUCCAGAGUUCACUGGCUGCCCCAUUCAGGGAGUCACCAAUGACACAAGUCUGAGGAGUGAUCGAGGAGUAGCGUGGUGGACCACACCACAACCUACAGAUAAUGUUGAUGUCGCCAGUGUACAGUCAGACUACCAGCCAGGCAGUAGCUUCCCGUUGGGUCCGACUGUCGUCACCUAUAAUGCGACUGACACGGCGGGACUGAUGGCCCAGUGUUCGUUCACAGUGCUGAUCCAAGACAAUGAGAUGCCAGUAAUUGAGUGCCCAGCACAAGUAUCUGUCAGCACCUUCACCCAUCAAGGGGGCACGAAUGUAACUUACCCCACCGUCAAUGCCACGGACUACGCCAGCGGCCUCAGUACGCUGAGCUGCAGCAUGAAUUCCGGCGCCUACUUCCCGAUCGGCUCUAAUAAUGUCAUCUGCACUGCCGAGGAUCGGGCUAACAACAUGAGAGUCUGCAUCUUUGCCGUGAUUGUGGUCGGGAUGGAUGACAACGUGCCACCGGUGAUUUCCAAUUGCCCAGCCAACAUGACCCACCCAGCUGACAACACGUCCACUGCGACAAUCGUCAGCUGGACACCCCCGACGGCUUCCGAUAACUCGGGAGACCCGGUCAACUUGAUGAUGAGUGCUGCUCCAGGGUCGGCAUUUGAGAUCGGGGUCACUGUGGUGACCUACACAGCAACUGAUGGUGUGGGCCUCAUAAGCACGUGUAUCUUCAGCAUCACCAUACUUGAUUUGUCAUCGCCAGUCAUCCUACAGUGUCCAGGGAACAUCACUCAGCCUACCGACCCAUCCAUGGACUCGGCUGUGGUGGACUGGGCCUCUCCUGGGGCUGUCGAUAACUCAGGCACUGUCACGUUGAUGGCUAGCACCACCCCGGGGUCUGAGUUCCCCAUUGGAGUGACCACUGUCGUCUACACGGCUACCGACUUGGAUAACAACGUGGAGCGGUGCAGUUUCCAGAUUAACAUCACAGAUGAGGAGGAUCCCGUGAUCACCGGAUGCCCCUCCGUCCAGCUGGAGCGGGAGACUGAAACUGGCCAGAACUACUCACUGGUGAUGUGGGACGAAAUAACCGUCCAUGAUAACAGUGGUAAUUGGACCGUAGACACUAGUGGGCCAUCCCAGGGCAGGAUUAGCGUCGGUGUGCAUCAGGUCAGCUAUGUUGCUACUGACCUAUCCGGUAACCUUGCAGAAUGCAGCUUCUCCAUACGAGUUUCAGACACGGAGCUUCCACAAUUCACCAACUGUCCCACGGCGAUCAUCAAGCUGGUGAAUCAGAGCGGGCUUAGCGCCGUCGUGACCUGGGAUCCGUUGGUGAUCACCGACAACGUGGGGGUGGACUUGGCAACCCUGAUGGGGAGCCACAACUCGGGCGACACGUUCACCUUCGGUGGUCCCACAACAGUCAUGUACAAUGUUACUGAUGUCAGUGGCAACACAAACAUCUGCAGGUUCACUGUCACAGUCUCAGAUGCCCCUGCAGCCCUCAGUAACUGCCCCGUCUACAUCCAACGGCCAACCGAUCCGGGACAAGCCUCAGCCGUAGUCACAUGGGAUAGUCCCGAUGUGGAGCCAGUCGGUGCCUCAGUUGACAUCAGUUCAACCCCUUAUGCCUCAGGCGACACCAUCCCCCUGGGCAGAUACAAUAUCACUCACCAGGCCACUAUUAAUAGAGAUUUUCUCAAUAUCCAGGAGUGCUUCUUUGUGGUUGAAGUAAUUGACAAUGAGCCUCCAACUUGGAUUGUGUGUCCAACCGGUGAGUCCGUCAACCCGUCCGCUGGGUCAGACACUGCCCCCGUUUUCUGGGCCCAGCCCGAAGCCCAGGACAACUCAGGCAGCGUGAACGUCUCUCCUGGAUCGCACGUCAACGGUAGCCAAUUCCCAGUCGGCCUGACGACCGUGACCUACAAUGCCUCUGAUGAUGCGGGCCACGUCAUCACCUGUUCCUUUGUAGUCACAGUGCAGGAUGUGUUAAAACCUAACGUGACAUGCCCGGACAGUUUCUCCCUGAAUACCGAUCCUAAUAAGGGAACUGCUACGAUGACCUGGAUGGACGCUCAGGCCAGCGACAAUGUGGCAGUCACCUCGCUGGUAUCCAGCCCCGCCAAUGGUAGUCCUCUCCCAGUCGGGCUAAACACGAUCACCUACACGGCGACUGAUGCAGCACAGAACACCAUCACUUGCUCGUUCAACAUCACUGUCAUCGACAAUGAGCCCCCACGUUUCUCCAACUGUCCGGCCAUGGCAUCUGCUGUCGCUGCCACCGACCAAGACAUGGCAACCGUCACCUGGGAUCUCCCCUCUGCUUCCGACAAUGCCAUCACCGUUACCGUAGAGGCCUCCCACUCGUCCGCCGUCCUGUAUCCCCUUGGGGUAACCCCUGUGGUCUACUUGGCAACCGACGGAUCCGGCAACAGGGCCAACUGCACAUUUGAUGUGACAGUCACAGAUGCACAGGACCCGGUCUUCACAAACUGUCCCGGCAAUCUCUCUGCAAACACCGCCAUGGAUCAGGCUAUCGCCACUGGGGUAAUCUGGACUCCACCCACGGCCAGUGACAACGACCCACUUCUCCAGACCACAAAUAACUAUGAUCCACCCGCCAACUUCUCUAUUGGAGUCCACAUAGUCAACUAUACUGCUGUAGACAGGGCUAAUAACAAGGCAACCUGUAUAUUCACCGUCACAGUCACUGACAUGCAGGAUCCUGUCUACACGGGCUGCCCGGCAAGUUUCAGUAUUCCGGCCCAAGUUGGAACCACAAUGGCCAAUGUGUCCUGGGUGGAGCCAUCGGCCAGUGACAACGUGGCCGUCAACAGCUCUGUUUCUAACGUCUCCCCGAACACGAUCUUUGACUUUGGGGUGACGACUGUGGAAUACACGGCACAAGACCAGGCUGGGAAUAUCGGGAAAUGCACCUUCAAUGUCACCGUCCUAGAUUCCACAGCCCCCAUGCUCGUCAACUGUCCGUCAGAUCAGGUGUUUUGCGCCAAUUUAGGGACUCUGUCUCGAAACGUCAGCUGGAAUGAGCCCACAGCCACAGACAACGAGGGCGCUGUCACACUCGUCAGCGAUCACACACCAGGCAGUACCUUCAAUCACAAUGAUGGUACCCCGACACCGGUAACCUACACAGCCACCGAUGAGUCUGGUCUUCAGGCAUCUUGCACCUUCAACGUCAUCAUAAGGGACUGUGAAGAUCCAGUCUUCACUGACUGCCCAUCAGGCUUCGUGGAGCCGGGCGACUCGGGUGGGAGCAGCACGUCUGUCCAAUGGACCGAGCCAACCGCCACAGACAACAGUGGUCAGGUUGAUGUGAACAGAACCCACAUUCCUGGAAGCAUAUUCACCGUCGACACUUCACCAGUGUUUGUACAGUACACGGCUGUCGACAGAUCUGGGAAUAGUAACACCUGCACCUUCACGGUCGUUGUAACUGACAACACCCCACCGGUCAUCAGAAACUGUCCCUCCAACAAUACCAUCUUAACUGACUCCAAUUCCAACACCGGAUCGGCCUCUUGGACGCCACCCACUGUGGACAGCACGCCAACGGACCCUGUGACUCUGAUGCCAAGCCACGAGCCGGGGGCCUCCUUCCCCAUUGGAACCCACAGCGUUACCUACACCGCCAGGGAUGCCAAUGGAAAUGAAGCUACCUGUAUAUUCUGGAUAACUGUCAGAGAUGGCCAGAACCCUACCUUGACCAACUGCCCAGAGAGUUUCACGCUCACAGUGGCGCAAGCCGCAGAUCAGGUCAUUGCUGAUUGGACGCCACCCACUGCCUCUGACAACUCGGGCAGUGUGACCCUGACAACGACCUUUGAGCCUGGCCAGUUACUGGGACCUGGUCAAUAUCCAGUGGUGUAUACUGCAAUGGACUCUGCUGGCCUAACGGCCACCUGCAUGUUCACCGUCACCAUACAAAUUGACAUUGGAUGUAACCCUAGUCCCUGCAACAACGGCGGCACAUGCACGCCAGUGGGUAGUGAUGGUUUCACCUGUUCAUGUACACGAUUCUGGAUGGGUACCACCUGUGAUGAAGAUGUCAACGAAUGCACGUCGACCUCUGUGAUUGCUGAGUGUUCUGCGAGGGGAUUGGUCUGCGUCAACAAGUUGGAUCCUGUCGGCUACUCCUGUGAAUGCCCCAACGGCUUUGUCAGAGUCGGAAACACUGACAACUGUAGACAGGGCAGACGUUUCCGCAUUGUCAUCUUCAUCAUUGAAAUCAACGGGAUUGUGGCUGUCUUUGUCACAGACCUUAACAACAGAAAUUCUGUAAUCUUCCUGAUUCGACAAAGAGACCUUGAAGCCUUGUUUGACCAGGUGUUUGGUGGCCUGCCUGGCUUCGGCAAUUCUGUUGUCCUUUUCUUUGGUACCGGCAGCAUUGCGGUCAACGCUUUGAUUACAUUUGAUCCCGACUCAACGGUAACUCAAACUGAUGUAAAUAACGCCUUGCAGCAAGCAAUCAACUCAAAUGAUCUGCUCAUGGGAUCUAUAUACAAGGUCACUCCCUCUGCGUCUCAAGUCAUCGAAGAGGUUUGUCUUGACGGCUACUGCCAGAAUGGAGGAACUUGUGUACCUGACACUGUUACCUUCCUCAGCUCUUGCACAUGCCAUUCAGGAUAUGUCGGCAACAGAUGUGAGAGCGAAGUUAUAGAUGUUAACAAUUGCACGUCGACCUCUGUGAUUGCCGAGUGUUCUGCGAGGGGAUUGGUCUGUGUCAACAAGUUGGAUCCUGUCGGCUACUCCUGUGAAUGCCCCAACGGCUUUGUCAGAGUCGGAAACACUGACAACUGUAGACAGGGCAGACGUUUCCGCAUCGUCCUUGUCAUCGUUGAGAUCAACGAGACUACGGCUGUCUUUCUCACAAUCCUUAACAACAGAAAUUCUGUAAUCUUCCUGACUCGACAAAGAGACCUUGAAGACUUGUUUAAUCAGGCGUUUGGUGGCCUGCCUGGCUUCAGCAAUUCCAUCGUCCUUUCCUUCAAUUCGGGCAGCAUUGUGGUCAACGCUUUGAUUACAUUUGAUCUCGACUCAACGGUAACUCAAACUGAUGUAAAUAACGCCUUGCAGCAAGCAAUCGACUCAAAUGAUCUGCUCAUGGGAUCUAUAUACAAGGUCACUCCCUCUGCGUCUCAAGUCAUCGAAGAGGUUUGUCUUGACGGCUACUGCCAGAACGGAGGAACCUGUGUACCUGACACUGUUACCUUCCUCAGCUCUUGCAUAUGCCCCUCGGGAUACGUCGGCAACAGAUGUGAGAGUGGCGACGUUACAACAACCCCUCCACCCAGCGGUGACGGACUCUCCACCGAAGUAAUCAUUGCCAUUGCUGUGGGCACUGCCUUGGCUCUCCUGCUCUUGCUGUUGAUAGUCUUUUGCCUCUGCUUCCUCAUGAAGCAAGAACGGAAACGAGCGACGACAGGCUACCUGUAUGCAGAGGACCAUGAGGGUCAGCGAGGCCCUACACAGUACAACGGCUCCUUGUACGAUGUACAGUUUGGCCCAAAAGAUAAUAAUGGUUUCUUACGCACGCCGUCCCAGUUCAGUGUCCCCUAUGUAGCUUCAGGAGCUAUACCACUCCACCGGCUGCGUGAGAGAAACGAUGCGGAUUACUACUAGAUGAGGUCAGAGGUUCCUCUACGCUGUAGAGCNGCCUGACCUCUGAACAGUUCAGGAAACGAAAUGUGCAGUACUGUUUAUCAUAACGAUUUUUUAUAUCCACCGCAUACCCCAUGCGCUUUGAUAGCUACUUGUAUUUUAGAUCAGAACAGUUUGAAAUUAGGAAGGCCUUUUUGUUGAAUUUCUGAAAUUCAAUAGCCAACCCUUUUUAAGUUCAAAGGGUCACUGCAAUGCAAUUGUUUUAAUACAGACCUCAAAAGUGUAUUGAUGUGUCCCAGUUUACCUUAUUUGGAAUGUCUGUUUCACUAUUUGAGGAAUGUUUUGCUGCCAAUUGGUUUUAUGCUAAUGUUUAUUCAUGUGAAAAAUCCUGGGAAGAGAACCUUCAUGUUGCAGCGGGUUGUGCUUGGAAAAACGGCUGAAUUUUGAAAGAUUUUGCUGGCCAAACUUUUUCUUUUGGCAAUUCACUGUUCAGUAAGUGCAUAGCACACGUGCACAGUGACCCUUUAUGCAAAAAUGUUUUCACUGAGUAAAUUCUGGGCUCACAAUUCGAACAGAAAAUUCCCUGCACUGAACCAUGUUUUCCCUGGAUGACAUCACAGCAUAUUUUUGUGCAUAUCACCAAUAGUGCUUAUUAUAAUUAGACUGAUGCUAUAUAUACAAUCAGUUGAAGCAGUGGGUAUAUAUUUUGAUAGUAUAUAUAUAUAUAUUUGUAAUCAUUCACAAUUUAAAUUGAAUAUGAUUUGAAGCUUGCACGCUGUAAUAAUUACAAGAAGUACUGUUGUAGUAUUUCAAAGUAUUUUUUUCCAGCCUCCGUGUCAAAGACAUGAGUUUAUGCCACAACUAAGUACGAACAGUUAUUCUUUUGCAAAGUGGGUUGUCAGCAAGGACCUUCCUCAGCUUCAUACAGUAAACUUGAAGACAAGUGUUAAUUUAUGGUAUAAUAAAAUUAUAGAAUUUCUGUAA